UAUAAAUUGAAUAUUGUCGUAAGUAAAUACUUCUUGUUCGAGAUUAACAAUUUUUUAAUUUUCACGCUUACAAUUACUGUUCUGUAUUACCAGUAGCCUAAUUUCUGGAUAUAUGGUUGUUAAAAAGUAAUAACCCUAAACAGUGUUCGUCUUAACUAAUUCAUUAAUUUUUGUCACACGAUUCCCAGAACCUUUUAUAUUCGUUCGUUCUACCCUUCAUAUUUAAUACUUGUUCUUUAUCAUUAUGAUAUAAUUUUAUCUCAGAUCCGUCGAUAUAAUGGCUAGUCUAGGAGGUAAAAGUCUUUCACCGUAUUAUGGUCUUAUCGAAGGAGGAAGAAAUGGCUGGCUUAUCAGCGAAAUGAAAGAUCUCUUCUAUUAUGCUCAAAUUUUACAUCAAGGUGAAAAUACAACGGCCACUAGAAUAGUAUCCGAGAAAGUAGCUAUUAAACAAAUACCAAAUCUUAUGCGUGCUAUUGGAUAUUAUCCUAGUAACAAAGAAAUAGAGAUUCUUAUGGGCGAGAUCUCUUACAAAAAUUAUGCAGAGACUGGUAAAUUAGUCGAAGAAAUUACGUUCGAGGAGUUCGUUAAAUUUUACAUAAACCACCGUCCAGCUUUUGGAAUAUCUUUGAAACAAUUGCAAGAAGCUUUUCAAGUCUUCGCGAUUCCAAAUCGAACUUCAUUUUUAGAACAGGAAAAUCCAGUUCUGACCAAAGAGCAAUUUAUCAAUAUAUUAUUUGGAAAAGAGCCUACAGAUAGACUAGACGAAACCAACGAAAGCUUUGGAGAACCAUUAACAUAUAGAGAAGCGUAUAUAUACCUGAAGUUUCUCAUUGACAGCGAUUCAGAUGAAAUGAGUUAUUUGGAUAACGACAAACAGUCCAUAGUCGACGACUUUAUAUUUUUACCAGAGAGGAUAUCUUACAAAGAUUUCGUCACGGACAUCAUGGGUAUUGAAUUGCCGGAGGAAACGAGGGCUGACGACGAGUAAUUAAUCUGUGUUGUUACUUGCAUUGCUGGCACGUUAACGUCGAUUAUUAU